AUGGGAGAGAAGAAAAUAGACAAAUACGUGUUCAAUGUGAAGAAUAAGGCUGGAGAAGGAUCUUAUGCCACUGUUUAUAAAGGAGUCAACGAGAAAACAGGAGAGAAGGUGGCUAUCAAAAUGUUGAGUAAAUCUGUGAUAAAUGCGGAUGAUUAUUUGAGAGAGGGGUUGAUCUAAGAAAUCAAAAUAAUGUAAAAGCUCAAGAGUCCAAAUAUAGUCUAACUCUUAGAUGUAAUGGAAACUUCAAAUAACUAUUAUAUUGUAUAAGAGUUUUGCGAUGGAGGCGAUUUCGAUGAAUUGCUCAAGAAGCGAAAAAUCCUCAGUGAAAAGGAGGCGAUCAAAUUUUUGGUUGAUGUUUUAAAUGGUUUCACUUAAUUAAUUAAGAAUGGAAUUACACAUAGGGAUCUCAAACCCGCCAAUAUUUUAAUUGACAAGGCUACAUUUAAAUUGGCUGAUUUUGGAUUCGCCAAAUGUGUUGAUAAUUUUAAAAAGGACAUGAUGUCAUCUAUGGUUGGAACGCCCUUGUAUAUGAGUCCGCAAAUACUGGAUCAUAAAAGAUACAACUCUAAAACUGAUGUCUGGAGUAUAGGGUUCAUCUUCUAUGAAGCAUUAUUCGGCAAGACUCCUUGGACUGCUCGAUCUCCUGCUGAAUUACUGAAGAACAUAAGAAGCUAACCAUUAAAAUUUCCAACUGACAAAAUACCAGUCUCUCAAGAAACCUUGGAUUUGAUCAUUGGGUGUCUCUAACCAGAUGAAUCAAAGCGUUUCUCUUGGGAUGAAAUCUACAAGCAUCCUGCUGUUGCCUAAUACUUUACUGAUUUCAUAAAAGGCAAUUCCAAGCUUGAAGAUAAAGCCUAAUAUUUAAUAAAUGAUAUAAGGUUGAUGAUUAUUAAAGACAAAUUAGACUUAACUUAAUUAUUCGCUGAAUUGGAUAUGUCUAAGGAUAAGGCAUUGGAUGUAAAUGAAUUGGGUCGAUUUUUAACUAGAGUUGACAAAGAUAUACAAAGAGAUGAAAUAGAAUAUAUAUUUAAUAAAUUUGAUGAGGAUGGAAGUAAUUCAAUAGAAUUCGAAGAGUUUAAGAAAUGGUUGGAAGACAAUUCUAUUCAUGUUGAUUAAGAGUAACAAAACAGAGAUAAGUAAAAGAAACAAUCCUUAUUAUAAAAAAAUAAUGUCGAAGAAAGGGCAAAUUAUGUAAUCGAAAAGUUAAAGCUCUCUAUUAUUAAAUACAACAUCCAAUUAAUUGAUUUAUUUAAAAAGUUUGACAAAUCUGCAGAUUUGAGAUUAGAUAUCAAAGAAAUGGGAAUGAUGUUGAAGAGGAUUGAACCAAAUAUUACAGAAGAUGAAACAAAAACAGUUUUUGAUUACUUUGACAUAAAUAAAGAUGGAGAGAUCACAUUUUAAGAGUUUUAGACAAAUUUAGAAGAAUGCAUAGUCCGUAAAAAAUGA